AUCAUACUUGGUUGAAUGGAAAUACAAAGACAAGAAGCACCAAAACGGAGGAAAACGCUUAAUCGAUUCUGUGUGCUUCGGUCUUGAGAAUCUGCAGGGAAAGGACGUGCAGCUCAUCCGGCACAGUCAAUACGCAGCUCCGUUCGAGCAGGGCGGAUUCGACGCUCCUGAGGCGUGACAAUUCAUCUUCUCAUCUAGACGCCAGCGCUGAUGAUGAUGUUACUGCUACUGCAUCAGGAGCAUUGGAGAUACCUAUCUGCACAGCACGGAUGAAGACUCCUUCACCAAAGGACACUUGUGAGGUCAUCUUGGGGUGACGCAACUGACCAUGCAGGAGCGUUGGAAAGCUCAGGUUUUCACAGCAGUCGUGAUCAUGUAAUCAUCUAGUGGGCUGCGACCUCUUAUUCACAGGUGUACAGCUUGCGUGGAUCAAUGCAUCAAUGCGUACGCACCAUGGAGUCGUGCUCAAAGCAAACCAUACUUCUGGGGACACUAUUCGCUCCUGUCAUGAAAACGUGGAGAUCUUGCGUGAUGGGCGUAGGGUCAGUUCUCAUUGAGUUUUAAGCAGUGUGCGAAUUAUAAGGUGGGCAGACUAUUUUAAACAAAUGUUGGCUUUUUUAAAGAAAGAAAUCUGCUAAAUUAUUACAUGUAAAUUUAAUUUGGGAGGGCAGUCUUUCGUGGUUUCGCGCAAACGCAACAAAAAUCAGUUAUCCGAGAGACUUCUUAAACAAAACAUCUAACGUUAGGUUGUAUGUGACUCUAUAAUAAAGUGAUACUUUUUCGUUUUUGUCACACUUAAUGGGCGUAUCGAAACUAAUCGCAAUGGAAAGCUGGCGAGCAGCUUACUGUUGUUAUGGUUACCUCAUCUGGCGAACGGGACUUUUUGUUAGCUUCCGUUUAGCGACAGGUGAAAAUACACGCUCUGACUAACUUGUAUAACUUUUAAGUGCUAAAACUUUUCAAGUCUCUAUAUAGACCGACUUGCUUACAUAUACUGGAUGCUUAUGUGGUUUUAAUACUUUAACAACCAUUUGGUUUUCUAGUCUUAAGGCUCUAGUCUUAAUUAGGGGGUCGAAUCUCCUAAAUGCCGCCCCCGGUAAUUUGCACCCAGAGGUGGUUUGUGUAUUAGCAUCUAUGAAUUGAAAUGGGGCGCACAAUUACUCCCUCUGCUGUUUCCCUCCUCUAAUGCUCUAGCCACCUGAGGACGUGUCCCAAACGACUACUUUGUAUAUUUAAUUAAUUAUUUAAAGUGUUUUAAUGAUGUAAAACCGAGCGGAUUGACGUGCAAAAUGUGUUUCUCUCUGUACUCACUGGUCCUAAUUUAUAAAAGCAGUAUGCAAAAUGCUGCUUUUAUGAAUUCAAAAAUGCACCUCUUUUACUAGUUUAGUUUUUAAUGGGAUGCAUGUGUAUAUCUCACAUAAUUUUGAUUUACUUUUUGUUUUAAAUUUCCAGCUGACUUGGUCUGAAAAUUUGGCAAAAUGACUUUAAUAUAGGUUAUGAUUUAUUUUGGAGUUUAAUGUGUAAUGUUUAUACAGUGUGCGAAUAAUUCAAUUUCUCUCGGUGAUUGUUUUGGUUCAUUUUGCAUAACCCAUUUUGGGGGCUCCUGCACAUCGCCAAAACGCGGGUUUGUUAUAUAUUUGUGGCGUGCGCCUAAAGUAACUUGAUUAUUAAUACCAUCAGUUAUGUGUCGCUCAAAACAAACAGCUGUUAAACAGCUGUUGCUAUGGUUUCCUCCUCAAGCGAAGGCAAUUUCUGUUUGCGAGCGUAGGAUUUACAUUUAGCGCACUCUAACUUGCGUGGCUUCUGCAACGUUUAUGUUUGUACGUAAAAACAAAAACUUUUAAGACUUUUUCUUCGGAGAGUUAAUUAGGGAGUCAACCCCCUAUAAUUCGCACCCUGAAGUCAUAAAUUGCAUGUAGUAAUCGAGAACAUGUCCAGAUCUAACAGCGUGAGCCCACCCGGCGCUGGCGCUCCUGGACUGAGGGGAGGGACGGAGCACAGAUCCGCUUGGGGCGAGUCUGAGUCCGUGGCGAACGGAUGUCCAUACUCGGCCAGAUCCUCCUGCAAAAAGCUCAUACGGUCCAACAGUCGGUGGAGAGAGGACGAUGACUUCGAGCGCCAACCGGGCCGAGCCACGACCACCGUCAGCCGGGUUAGUUUCAGAUCCAAGUCUGCCUGGCAAGAGCACGGGGAGGAGAGCCGCAACAACAACAGAUCUUCCCCGAGGUACCGAGAUGGAGAAGUGAGACCCAAGUCCGUGGAGUUGGGUUUGGAGGACAGGAGAACCAAGUCCAAACCAGAGGAGGAGCUCAUGCCAGAAGUGAACUUUUCCAUGAGCGCCUGCUGCAACGGCGUGAUGCAGAUUUUCAAAUCCAAGAAGUUCCAGUCGGAGAAGUUGGAGAGGCUUUACCAGCGCUACUUUUUCCGACUUAACCAGAGCAGCCUGACGAUGCUCAUGGCCGUUCUGGUGCUGGUGUGCGCGGUGAUGCUCGUGUUCCACUGCGCUGGAGGAGUGUAUCAGCCCCUUUACGUGGUGGUUUUCUCCACGGCGAUGUUACUCAUCCUCACGCUGAUUGUCGUGUGCAACAGGAACGGCUUCCAUCAGGAUCACAUGUGGAUAGUUUGCUAUGUGCUCAUUUUGGUGGUGCUGGCUGUGCAGGUGACCGGCGUGCUGCUCGUGAAGCCGCGCAGCGCGUCUGAAGGCAUCUGGUGGACCGUAUUUUUCAUCCAUGUCAUUUACACACUUCUGCCGGUGCGGAUGAGAGCAGCAGUCAUCACUGGAAUUAUUCUGUCUGCCAUACAUGUGCUGGUCUCAUGGAAGUUAAACGAAAUGGACGUCUUUUUGUGGAAACAGCUUGUGUCCAACGUUCUGAUCUUCUCCUGCACUAAUAUAGUUGGCGUGUGCACACACUACCCAGCAGAAGGCUCACAGAGACAAGCCUUCCAGGAAACCAGAGAAUGUAUUCAAGCCCGUCUGCACUCUCAGAGAGAAAACCAGCAACAGGAACGCCUCCUCCUCUCGGUGCUUCCUCGACAUGUCGCCAUGGAGAUGAAAGCCGACAUAAAUGCCAAACAAGAGGAUAUGAUGUUCCACAAGAUCUAUAUUCAAAAGCAUGACAAUGUGAGUAUCCUCUUUGCCGACAUUGAGGGCUUCACCAGUCUGGCCUCCCAGUGCACAGCCCAGGAGUUAGUGAUGACCCUCAAUGAGCUCUUCGCAAGAUUCGACAAACUGGCCGCCGAGAAUCACUGUCUUCGGAUUAAGAUCCUGGGCGACUGCUACUACUGCGUGUCAGGGCUGCCCGAGGCCCGUGCUGACCAUGCGCACUGCUGUGUGGAGAUGGGUGUGGAUAUGAUCGAAGCAAUCUCGUUGGUGAGGGAAGUCACCGGCGUCAACGUCAACAUGCGUGUGGGUAUACACAGCGGGCGAGUCCACUGUGGGGUGCUGGGAUUAAGGAAGUGGCAGUUUGAUGUCUGGUCCAACGAUGUCACCUUGGCCAAUCACAUGGAAGCUGGGGGCAAAGCAGGGCGUAUUCAUAUCACCAAGGCCACACUGAACUAUCUGAAUGGAGAUUAUGAUGUAGAACCUGGAUUUGGUGGAGAAAGAAACGUCUAUCUCAAGAAGCACAACAUUGAAACCUACCUCAUUGUGGGCUGCAGUCAGAAGCGGAAAGAAGAAAAGGCCAUGAUUGCGAAGAUGAACCGGCAACGCACCAACUCGGUCACUCAUAAUAGCACUCACUGGACCGACCGGCCCUUCUACAAUCACCUGGGUGCCAAUCAGGUUUCCAAGGAGAUGAAGAGGAUGGGAUUUGAGGAUCCCAAAGACAAACAUUUCAUUUUCAGAAACACGCAAGAAAACCUGAACCCUGAGGAUGAGGUGGACGAGUUUCUGGGUCGCGCCAUUGACGCUCGAAGCAUCGAUCGAUUACGGUCUGAACAUGUCAAGAAAUUUCUGCUGACAUUCAGAGAACCUGACCUGGAGAAGAAGUACUCCAAACAGGUAGACGCCAGGUUCGGAGCAUACGUAGCCUGCGCCUCCCUCGUCUUUUUAUUCAUCUGCUUCAUUCAGAUCGUCAUUGUUCCUCACUCUAGGUUGAUGGUUGGCUUCUAUAUGCUGUGCCUGGUCCUCCUGAUGGUGGUCAUGUUCAUCUCAGCCAUUUAUUCUUGUUUUGGGUUUUUCCCUGUGCCCCUGCAAACUCUGUCAAAAAGGAUCGUUCAGUCUAGACUCAACAGCACCCUGGUGGGGGUUUUUACAAUCGUCCUGGUCUUUCUCUCCGCUUUCAUUAACAUUUUCACCUGCAGUACGGAUGACCUGAAGACGUGUUUAGGGCGGGAGUUUAACAUCAGCCCCAGCAAUGUGAACGCUUGCCAUGUCCGUAGUUCUUCCUUCAACUACUCUCUCUGGUCUCAGGACAGACUCUGCAACAGCUCAUCACCCACCUGCAAUUUCCCAGAGUAUUUCUCUUCAUGUGUGCUGCUCAGUUUACUGGCCUGCUCAGUGUUCCUACAGGUCAGCAGUAUUGGUAAACUCUUCUUAAUGCUCUUCAUCGAGAUCCUGUACGUGCUCAUCAUGGAGGUGCCCGAGGUCAGCCUUUUUGACAAUGUGGACCUGCUGGUCAUGGCCAAUGCCAUACAGAUAGAUAUUAAUGGAACGAGCUGUGUGACAGACACACGGGUUUCUUUAAAGAUCAUGACUCCAGUCGUCAUCACGGUCUUUGUGCUGGCGCUUUACCUUCAUGCACAGCAGGUGGAGUCUACAGCCAGACUGGACUUUCUCUGGAAGUUACAGGCCACAGAGGAAAAGGAGGAGAUGGAAGAACUUCAGGCCUACAACCGUCGGCUUCUCCACAACAUUUUGCCCAAAGAUGUGGCUGCACACUUUCUGGCACGCGAACGGCGGAAUGACGAGCUGUAUUAUCAGUCGUGCGAAUGUGUGGCUGUCAUGUUUGCCUCUAUCAGCAACUUCUCUGAGUUCUACGUGGAACUGGAGGCCAAUAAUGAAGGUGUGGAGUGCUUGAGACUCCUCAACGAGAUCAUCGCUGACUUCGAUGAGAUCAUUAGUGAGGAUCAGUUUCGUCAACUAGAAAAGAUCAAAACCAUUGGCAGCACCUACAUGGCCGCGUCUGGGCUUAAUGACUCCACUUAUGAUAAAGCAGGAAGGUCGCACAUUCGCGCUCUAGCCGACUACGCUAUGCGCCUCAUGGACCAGAUGAAGUACAUCAAUGAGCACUCUUUCAAUAACUUCAAAAUGAAGAUCGGUCUCAAUAUAGGUCCCGUCGUGGCUGGUGUCAUAGGGGCUCGUAAACCGCAAUAUGACAUAUGGGGGAAUACUGUGAAUGUAGCCAGCCGUAUGGACAGCACUGGGGUCCCUGAGAGAAUACAGGUGACAACUGACCUCUACCAGGUUCUCAGCUCGUAUAACUACACACUGGAGUUCAGAGGCGUUGUAAAAGUCAAAGGCAAAGGAGAAAUGACAACCUACUUUCUAAAUGGCGGACCCAACAGCAGUUAACACCCAGCGUCUAAUAUUCAGAACAUUUUUGAGAUGACACGAGUAGGAGACGCUGUGGGCCGGGCCUGCCAGGCUGUUGAUGAGCAUCCUCCUGGACCAAUCACAACGGGAUUUGUUCAGAAACAGGCCUCAGCCAGUCUAAGAGUGGCCUCUUUGCACACUGAGACUUCCUAUAGGAUUAACAGAGGGCUUUGUCCUCUUUAUUUAAGGUAUGGAACAGCUCAGAAAGACGGUUCAUCCUCAGAGACCAAAGAAACAAAGGAAUCUCAAGGCAUACGAAGCAGUUCUCCAGGUCUUAUAUUUCUUUUAUUGCCAAGAGAGGACAGAUGAACUGCAAUCUCUGCACCUGGCUUUGGCUCUCUCAGGUGUGGCUGGACUGCGAUCUUACUCCACCGACUGGUCCUGGUGGCUCCAAAACAAAACUGCAUGAAGCACUGAAGCCAAUAUACCUGUAAAACACACGUUUUAUGUGUAUAUGAUUCGUCAGUGUAUGUACAGUAAAGAGUUCUGUUCAUACGGUCCUGUUGCGUUCAGCACUGUCUAGGUGAUAUCACAGUAGAUAGAGAUAUCACAAUGAGCUAAUAUAUGGUAGAUGGCCAUAGUGAGCACAGCAGCUCUAUAAACCCUUUAUGGUUUCCCGAACUUUGCUGCAGCGACUGUGGUUGUUACUGGCAAGGGAGCUAGCAUUGACAGUGUUGCCUCUGAACGAUCUAGAGUUGAGAAUAAACCCCCGUUCAUACCACAGACGGCUUGAAAUGACCCAAAGUCAUUCAUUUUCACUGUUGGAAUUUGCCCAGGUACAACAAUGCAACACAUUUAAUAUGAGUCAGUCAGUCGUCCGUCAGAAACUGUAGUUGAGAAUCGCUUUGACGCAAUUUAUCUCUCUAAUCAUGUGCAGGGUUAAGUCGAUAUGGACCCAAAUAGCCCAGCGUUUAUGCCGUAUUGACAAAGAGCACACUAAUUUCUUGUUCAGUAAAAAAUGAGAUACAACAAGCAACCAACCAGUACGGCGGAUGGUGACAUGCAAGUCGCUGGCGGCAUGAACAGGGCAUGUGACUGUCUGUUCCCAACACAAAUUUACAUUCAUAACUACACUCGUAUACACUUGAGACACUUUUAAGGACAGAGGAAAACAGUCAAAUAUGGCUGUUUUGUAUUUUUAACAUUUUAUAUUUUGACUCCAAAAGCCAAACUGUCAAAGCUAUUUUAGAUGAUAUAUUUUAUAUAUAUAUUAAUAUAUUAGAAUGAUGUCUAUAAACAUAUAUACUUAAUGGAAUGCUACAAUCCUGCACAUUUCAACAGGAAGGAGAAGUUUUUAAGUGUGAAUUAUUAUAAGUCACCCUCUUCUGUCGCUGCAUCCAUUUGGAUAAAAUCAGCAGCUAGCCUUGUAACCGAGUAAGCAGAAUACGUUUGGCCUUUGUCCAAAAAGGGUUUCUGUAUCCUGUCAAGUACACUACAAUGUAAUUAUGAGUAGAAAAUGGAUUUGCAGGAGGCGAAAUGGCAAUGAGUGUUUCAGAACAGCCACAGUCGUUUAAAGCUUGGCAAACACAUCUGCAAAUAUUGAUUUUAGCCUCGCGUUUACGGCGCGUGGGACGAGUUUGGGUCCUCCAGGGAUGAUUCCGUUAUGCCACAAAUCUCCACCAUUUUUGCACUGCAGCUUGACCAGCAUUUCUUUCUCUCUCAAUUCAGUCUGAUGGUACGACCCAAUGAAUGUCCAUUUUCUCCAAUGAGGCCUUUGUAUGUAACGAGUUGGAGGGUGUACACAAACAUGUAGGGUACAAGUGACAUUUUAUUUGUUUGCUAUACCAUUCAGUUGGGAUUAUAAUAUAAUGUGUUGGAAAAAAAAUCAGCGUUUUCUCAAACAUGUGUUAUGAAAUAGUAAUCUUUGGUCCUGUUCUAGCUUCUCAAAACUUGGACCCAGCUGGGCUUCCAGAGUCACUUAGGUGUUUAUUUUCUUCAAGAAAAUUAGUGCCAUUUUCUUGCCAGCGAUUUUAAAAUAAAAGCUCUGGUUGAAUGUUUUUGUAUUUCAUGUCAUUGUGUAUGGCCUUUUAAUUCUAAACCACACAGUUGCCAUACAAAAUUCCUAAAUUAAAGGUGAAGUGUGUAUUUAAUGAUGGAUUGGACGCGCUCCUUUUCCGCCAUUGGUCAAACGAUAAUUUAGCCCCGCCCCAAACUCACGCCAUUGGUUGAGCCAGUGUUGCUGUGUCGGGCUGGUCGGGAUUCUCAAACAGCGAAGUUUUGACCGCGCCACUGAGGCAGUUUUAUCGCGGGAUUUUGUUUAUGAAUGGCUUACAAGUACAUAUCUCUGCAUAUAUAACUACGAGGAGAAAGUGUUUAAACAUAAAACUACACACUUCAGCUUUAAUUCACUUCCUUGUGUUUGUUAUCCAAACGAAAGCACUGAGGUAAGAGAUGUCAAGUAACGUUAAAUACCACAUAUUAUGUCCUGCUGAGUACUGGCAUUUACUUUUCCAGUGGAGUUUCAUCUUGGGUUGUCUUUGCUUAUCUGCCAUGUCAAAACUCAAUGCUGUUUUUUACAUCCAAAUAAACAAUUAUAAUAUUAAACUCGUUCUGAAAUGAUGUAGUUAUGGUUACAACAGUUACGAAAUUGCACUAUUUGUUCUCUUCUCACCAGUAUUUGGCAUUUUAUGUAGUUUUGUAGAUGUUUUUGGUAAUAUACCUGAAGAAAUAACGUUAGGUCUUUCAAAAAAUGACGCCCUCCUGUUAUGUCUUCUUUCUGUGAAAAUUAAAUAGCAGGUCCAUACAAUUAAAAUGAGGACUUAGGCUGUCAAGUCUUUAAAAAAUAGUCAAGACUUUGAGUGGCCAUCCAUUAGCUUAACUAUGUAAAUAAAAUAUAACCGACAUUGAUGUCAUAAUAAUAAUAUUUGCAUAUCGAAUUGGGAUUAGUCUUCUUUUUCACAUGUAUUUACAUAUUAAAUUGUUAUUGGUCUUUCCCACAUUUACAUUUCAGAUGAUUAUGGACAGCUGGUGGACAUCGAGACGUUUGU